AUGCUCGCCAACAAAAAGCACCUCAUGCCGCGCCCGGCUCGCGUCGUCCUCUUCCUCGCUCUCGUCUAUGCUUUCUGCUGGAUCAAGGGCUGGCCUGCGUACUACGACGACGAGGAGCUGCCCCCAAGCCAGCGGCCAAAGUCGACGACAGCCCUCGGCGAGCAUCGCGUUUCCGCAGACCACCUAGUCGUUACCAUCACCACCGCCGCCACCGACGCCUUCACCAAACUCGCGCCAGCCUUGCUGUAUCUCGAUGCGGCCCACCACAAGGAGCUGCUGCUGAUGGGUGACCUGAUGAUGAACAUUGGCCCGUUCCCCGUCUUUGACGUCCUGGCCAAGUACCCCAGGAAGUACGUGGCCGACAACGAUGAGCUGGAGAGGUACAGGCGGCAGAUCGACUAUGCAAGGAGGAGCAUACCAAUCAAGAAGCUGCACGAGGACGAUCCAACAAAAGAGCAGGCAGUCUUAAGAACCUUGGCCAAAUACAAGAUACUCCGCGCAAUGGAGAGCACGUGGGAGUAUCGGCCGAAGCGGGAUUGGUACGUCUUUACCGACGAGGAGACCUUCAUCGACCGAGGCAAUCUGCUCGACUGGCUGAGCCAGUAUGAUCCCAAGCUCAAACACUUCUUCGGAAAUCCACCAAUCAACAAUGUACCUGAUGCUUUUGCGGCUGGCGGCACCUCCUUCAUAGUUUCAGGCCAGACCUUGCGCCUCUUGUUCGAGGACCGCAAGACCAUGAUGCAGAACUGGAAGAACUGGGAUCCUAAAAUUAGGGACUACCCCUCAGCCAUCCACUUGGUCCAAGAUUUUCUUAAAACCGAGCUGAGUCUCGACAUGGUGAGCUUCUGGCCCGGUGUGUCUGGCUUCGAUCCAACAACCAUCUCUUUCUCACCCGGUCUCUGGUGCGAACCGGUUCUUAUGAUGCACCAUGUUUCCGCCGAUAUCGGCAGCAACCUGUACACGUUCAAGAAAGAGCGAACGGAAGACCACAAGACCGAUAGCGCAUUGCGAUACGCGGAUCUGUGGCAUCGAUUCAUGGCCCCUGAGGACCUCAACCAAACUCGCCAUGACUGGGAUAAUCUUUCCUCCGAGUCUGCGAAUAACCGUUGGAACAUUUUGUUCGAGGACGAGGGCAAGCCAGACGGCAAUCGCGCCACCAGAGGAGAGGAGUCUUGGGAGGCGUGCAAAGCGUCUUGCAACAGCAACAAAUAUUGCGUGCAGUGGUCGUACUCGUCCGUUGCCGCACCCAAUUGGAACGAGAACGGCCUUACCAAAUGCCAUCUGAGCAGCAGCAUGCGCUUCGGUGCGCACACCGACCCAGAGGAGGUCCAGGUCAACGGCGAGCACAAACCCCGGACCUGGACGAGUGGAUGGAGGAAAGACCACUUCAAGCGUUGGGCGAAUCAGGAGCGGUGUAAGAGCCAGCAAAAUUAG